GACGCGCGGAGAUGGCGUCACUAGCGGCUGUCUGCGCGUGGUUGACGUGACAUGGUGUAAGAUGGCGGUCAGUGGGAAGCGACCGGAGCAUCGCGGGCCACCAGAGUUGUUCUACAAUGAGGCUGAAGCACGAAAAUACACACACAACUCUCGGAUGAUUGAGAUCCAGUCACAGAUGUCAGAACGAGCUGUGGAGCUGUUGGGUCUCCCAGAGGACCGUCCAUGUUUCUUGCUGGAUGUGGGUUGUGGCUCUGGUUUGAGUGGGGAUUACCUUUCCGAGGAGGGACACUGCUGGGUUGGCAUGGACAUUAGCCCUGCUAUGCUUGAUGUGGCCGUCGAGAGAGAAGUAGACGGAGACCUGAUGCUUGCAGAUAUGGGCGAGGGGAUUCCCUUCAGGCCUGGGACCUUUGAUGGCUGCAUCAGCAUUUCUGCAGUACAGUGGCUCUGCAACGCGGACAAGAAGACACACAGCCCUCCAAAGCGAUUGUAUCGGUUCUUCUCUACUCUUUAUAUGGCGUUGGCCCGAGGAGCCCGAGCUGUUUUGCAACUUUAUCCAGAAAACGCUCUGCAGCUGGAACUCAUCACCGCCCAGGCCAUGAAAGCAGGCUUCAGUGGUGGCAUGGUGGUAGAUUAUCCCAACAGUGCCAAAGCCAAGAAGUUCUUUCUCUGCCUCUUUGUUGGCCCAAGUGAUGUUUUGCCAAAGGGUCUCGGUACCGAGUGCAGCGACGAGAAGCCAGCACAGGCAGAAUUCGUCCGCGAAAGAGUACGAUUUAAGAAUGCCAAAGGACUGUCAGUGAAGAAAAGCCGGGAUUGGGUCCUAGAGAAGAAAGAGAGGCGGCGGCGGCAGGGCAAGCAAGUGCGAGCGGACACCAGGUACACGGGCCGAAAGCGGCGGCCUAAUUUCUGACCGCCUGUCUCACCCUUUGGACUGCUUCUGUUCUAUAACGGCACCCGUCGCUGUGGCCUUCUACAUGGGAAGAUGCCAGUCGAAGCCGUGCAUCCCAACUUCUACUCGAGCUUGUCCCCGACUUGUUCUAGUCUUCUUGAACCAGCAAGAAAAUCUGGUACCUGCCGCGAGAAAGGCUGGUAGUCACUGACUUUGGCUAGUAGGAGCAGGGAGUUCUGGCUUGGCCCCCCCCCCCCCCCCCCCCGUGUUAGCUCAGGUCUUGAGCCCCGGCAGCAAAGACUACAGUUUUGUUACUUUUCUCAGCAUUCUGUAGUGGUGGCAAAUCAUUAAAAAGCCAUCGGAGAACCUGAUGGGAAAGAAAUCCCAAAAGGAGCUGGAAAAAUUAAAAUGGUUGACUCCA